AUGGGAAGGAGGACAUCUCGAAAGGUUCCCCCCGUUGCAUCUGAACAACUAUCACCAUCCUAUCGAAAUCCAAUAUCGGAUUCAACAAUACGUUCAAUGAAUACAAGAAAAUCUCAUCAUCAAAAAACAGGUAUAUCAACAUUAGCAAUAAUUAAAGAAAAUUCUGCUAAACAAUCACAACAAAAUCAUCGUCAAGACAUGUUUCAUAAAAUAAACAAUUCUAGACGUUUAUCAAAUACUAAACGAGUCGUUUAA